AAACGAACUCGCUAUCCCCAACCUUUACCCACCAAGUCGAUAGUCAUCGGAGCAGAGCGAUCGUGGGUUCGAUGGCUCUCCAUCCGUUACGGUUUUUCAGGACUUGCUUCCCUUCCAUGAUUUUUUCACCCCGAGAGCUCCGAAUUUCCCUUGUCUCCGCCCCCUCUUCGAAGCUUCGCAUUCACCCUGUCUGGCUGAAUAGUAGAGGAGCUCUCUUGCAAGACAGACCAAGAGCAUCGUCUGAAGGGGCUCCAAUUGAAUUGGUUGAAGACCCAAAGUUUGUUCCAUUAAAUGCUGAUGAUCCAGUAUUUGGUCCGCCGGCCUUAUUUCUGAUGGGUUUUGACUCGGCUGAAACAAGUAAGAUGCAAAAAUUCUUAAAAGAGCUGGAUGGUGAAUUUUUGAAGAUUAUUCUUUGCACUGAGGAUAUGCUGAAUCAGUCAAUCUGGGAUGCAGUACAUAGUGAACAGCCGAAUUUAAAAGAUGUAGAGAUUGCAAAAUCUUUGCCAAGAAUUUGCUUUAUGUCUGGUUUAACUGGGGAAGAGAUGAUGAUGUUUAUUGAUGCAUUUCCAGAAAUUGGACUACGGCCAGCUGUUUUCGCUGCUUUGGUACCCAACAGUGCAAAUAAGCUUUUGAAGGAUGUUGCUGAAGAGAUUAUGGGAGAUCAUGAAAUGCUGUCAGCAAAGCAGAUAAGCUGAUCUCCUAUCAUGAAACAAUUUGAAGUGGCAACAAGCUUAACCUCAGAUUAAUCUGCAUAGCCACGAAAAGGACUACGAAGAUGACAUUAUCAGGGUACAACUUCUUUAAUGAAUUUUCUUUCUUUCACUAUUAGGAUGCAGAUAAUAUAAUACAAAAAAUAUGGAUUCAUAUUAAAUUACCCAGAGAUUUACCGUCCUUCAUGAUUUAUCUAUAGUCCUAGCCUGGGCAUUAUGUGACUCUUCCUUAUAUAAGUUUAUGAAGGUGAUUUGCCUGCAAUGCAAGUAUCCUUUAGAAUC